AUGUCGAUACCGGUGUUCCACCCGAACCAUCCCCACAACCGCCCUCAGUAUCCCAUCCCCACCCCCCUCGCACCGGGAUACGAUACCAACAUUCCCCGUAUGCCUUCCGCGUCGGCGCGCUCGCGCAACCCUUCGGCGGCGCCACCGUCCUCCUACAAGUCUCCUGGUGGGAUGAGCGAUUCGGACGCCUCGGUGGGGUCCAGUCCGAGUAACAGGCGGUGUUUCUGCGGCAGAGAAGUUGUGGAUGGUGGAAUUUACUGCUCUAUCGACUGCGCACGAUCAGACGCUUUCACCUCAUUAUGCUACAAGCCAGGCGGGCCGAGCACUUCCGGACCAAUUCCUACCCAUCCACCCAGCCUCGGCUCGGCCAUGCCUACCCCAUCCGCGGAGUCCACAGACGGCCCCGACUGGAAUGCCUCGCACUACCGUCGCAUGGCGCGCGCGGAUUCACGGCGGGAUGAACGUCGAGAAGAACGUCGGCGGCGUCGCGCUGAAGGAUCUAUUGCUUCAUCCGCCAUCACCUCACGCUCCGCUACUCUUUCUACCGUCUCGUCAUCCUCGUCCCGCGUUCCCGACCUCGUCGGCGGCUACACCCACUCGCGGAACGCCAGCACCGCAUCUACCGCGUCGUCCGUCUCUGGCUGGUCCGGCUCGACGCUCUCGCGCAAUCCAUCCUCUGCGUCAAACAUCUCUUCCGCGUCGAGGCGAUACAGGGGCGACGCGGUCGGCGUGAUCCAGGAAGAUGACGAUGAGGAGGAGUAUCUUGAUACUCGGCCGUAUCCCCUCCCUGGGCGCGGCGCUGGCGGUAUGGGGAUGAGUCUCAGCGGGAUGGGCGGCGGAGCUUUGGGUGGCCACAAGAAGAGCCGGUCUGGCCACACCAAGCGAAAAGGGGCAGAACCACCAAUGGGGAUGGGCAAGGAUAUGCGGGAUAUCCUAGAGGAGAUCAUUUCGAUGGAGAAGAGCUUCAGCCUCGAGGAUGAGAUUAUCCUCGGGGAGGACAGCGCAGUCGACACGCCCGUCCCUGCCCCAGGGCUAUUUACCGCUGUAUUCGACAAACCACCCAGAACGCCCUCGCCCAUCUCGCAUCGGCGUACACGAUCCGUGGCUCCCGACGCGCCCCUUCGGGGCACACACCGCGCCUCCAUGUCCCUCUCGCAACACCCCUCGGGGCUCGCCCCUCCUCCUAAUCCCCAGCGGCAUUCCCGGUCCCGCCCAUCAAGCCUCAUGGGGCUACACCAGUCCUCCCUCUCGGAAUCGCAUACCGCGCUGUACCUCGCCACAGCGUCCCCGGUGGCUCCAAGUCGACGAUCCGCCAGUCCCAAAUUGCGCUCGCGGAAUUCGCUGUCUUUUACCCCAGAGUCAGCGGGGCCAGCCAUCAACCUCUCGGCUGCGCGGUUCGGGGGCGGCGGCAUCGACUCGCCCGCAUCAGCUUCGGCGUUGACCCCGUCCGCGCGGCGCCGACCCCAAGUCUCGCCCAGUGCGGCAUACGCGCCAAUGGAGGGUUGGCGGUUUCCCGGCAGUACCUCUGGGUUUGGCGGAACAACCACUCCUCGUGGACCUCAACAACCAUCCCAACCCAUCGCCCAGCCCGCCUUACUCCCCGAACACAGUCUUCCUCCGCACCUCCUCUGGCCACCCCAUCCCCAAUCCCUCUCCCAAUCGCAAUCACAGCCCACGUUCCCCACUUCCCCCGGGGCCGACACGCCGACUUUUCUCGCGCCACUCUCGCGUCCGGGGCAAAAUAUCAACUUUACCCCUGGCGCAUUGACGGGACCCGGUGACUUUACCCCGCCGCCGAGCGGUUUGAGGCUGGGUGUUCUGCUCGGAAGUGGGGAUGAGAUGGAGGUGGAUGACGAGGAUGAUGGGAGUACGGCGCAUGGCCAUGGACAUGGGCAGCCAAUGGGGGCGAGGGAGUACUUGCCGGUCUUUCUCGAGGCGGAGGGGUUUAGGGGGCGGCAGUGGGCCUCGUGA